AUGAGCACAUUGGGACAGCAAGGUAACGAAUUUCGGUAUUUCAUUCACAACAAUGGACCGGUUCCCAUAAGCGACGAGGCUGGCGCCAAAGAUUAUCAGAGUUUCUCUCGGAUCGUAAGUUUCGCUGCUGUGCUGUGCUGCGGAUUCAGCCAGCAAACACUCAAUGAAUCAGAUGAUGAUGAGGACGAAGGGAAGCCAUAUUAUCUUGGUCCAGGGCAAAUGUGUUUGGGGAUCACAAGAGAACGGGUUCAAUUACCACCAACACUAUGUGCUUUAGUAGAGGGACGCUCACGAUUUGCAAGGCUCGGACUUUCAGUACAUAUUACCGCAUCAUUUAUCAAUCCGGGAGUAAAUAACCAGACAGUUCUCGAAAUAUUUAACGCGUCGAGUCUAACAUUAGCGUUGCACCCCGGCACCAAAAUCUGUCAAAUGAUAUUUGUAACGAUGGAGGGUGAGGCCGAGUAUAAAGGCAUUUUCAAUGGGCAGGCCUUGUAA